AUGCCCGCCCACUCAUUAUAAUCUCUCAUGACCGAGCCGAUCUUCUUUUGUUUGGUCCUCUUCACCUCGCCUUCUCAUCCCAAAUUCACCUCGCCGCACCCUCCUCGCCUGACCGCGCUGCCGAACCCAUCUCUAGGCCUCCUUCCACCGAAGCACGCCGCCCCGAGUGCUUGCCUCCUAGUCGUCGUCGUCGUCCUCCUCCUCCUCGCUGCUGGUACUGGACUUGCGUGGAGGGCAGAUCCAUUCGGGCUCGGAUUGAUUUCUGCUUUUGUUGUACUGUCAGUAACUGAACCAAAACAGUUUGCAAGAGAGUAUCGUGAUUGUCAUGGAAGCUGGGAGAAUGGAUCAGACUUGCAUGGCUGCUAUCAAUAGCCAGCCUUUGGUGGCUGAUGAUGAGCCAGUGAAGAAAGCCGGCGGGGACAUGCCUGCGACAACUGGAAGCGGAUGCUUUGAUUGCAACAUCUGCCUUGAUUUUGCAGCAGAGCCAGUGGUUACUCUUUGUGGCCAUCUCUACUGCUGGCCUUGCAUCUACGAGUGGCUGCGCCCAGGGGUGGGAUCAACUGCCAGUGACAGCAGCAGUUCAGCAAGGCGGCAGUGUCCUGUAUGCAAGGCAACACUCUCCCUGGACACGCUUGUGCCACUGUAUGGCCGUGGUGGGAGCUCAAAGAAAUCGUUGAACGGUGUGGCCAUUCCACGCCGUCCAAUGGUGCACCGGGAGACUGUUGAGCAUCAGAACGCACAGGUAUACGUCGAUGACCAGCACCACCAGAGCAUGGAAGCCAACCCUCCGCACCAGCCAUUGUGGCACGCACACCACCAUUCUGCUGCUGCUGCUGGAUUCGAUUUCAUCUACCCUCCUGCACCAGUAGGACGUGGUUUGAUACACUCAACGGCUGGAGGGGUGCUUGGAGGGAUGGCAGAGGCCGUGCUUCCCUGGGCGCUCCGUGGCCAGCUGCCAGCCAGCUUGUACUACACAAGCCCUUACCAUGUCGCGGCACAAAAUGUGAACCCCAGGCUGAGGAGGCAGCAGAUGGAAAUCGAGAGGUCCCUGCACCAGAUCUGGUUCUUCCUAUUCGUGUUCGUGGUGCUGUGCCUGCUCUUGUUCUGAAACAGGACUGUGCUAUACACACCUUUCUGUAGAUAUUGGAAGUGGUAGGAUACUAAUGGAUGAUGCGUAUAGUAAGAGGGUAAUGGUUGACGGUUUGAACUGUAUCGAUAAGCAUGUGCUUAAGCAUGCUGAUACAGAGUUGUAAUAUGAUGAGACAUGGAGGUGAAAUGCAGAUUUCAUCCUUACCGUCUUAAUGAGAAGAUCCUGCACAUCCAAGCUGCAGAGAUUCUGGUAAUGGCCUAACUAGUAACAAAUGGAUGGCUGGAAUACGACAGACACGUGAGAUCUUGUCUACCGUCCCUAGAAGUGAUUAGAAGCUGCAAAAGAUGUUUUGGAGGAAAUAUGGAAACUGCAAGAGAAGCAGCAAAUUGAAAUCUUGACGUUGUUAUGGGUUUGGUGGACUACUCGCAAUAGUCUCUGAAGAACAAGGCACCUUUUAUCUUGGAUGAAGUGGUUUUCCUGAUCCGAAAUUUCGUCAAGGAAUUCAGCGACUACCUGAGAAGGGAAGACAAACACUGCCCGUGUUCCAUUAUUCGAAUGAGGAGGCCACCAGAACGAGAUUUCUUGAUAAUAAAUGUGGAUGGUUCCUUCUUUAAACAAUCUGGAAAUGGUGGCUGGGGUGCUAUUGUUAGAGACUGUGAAGGGCGUCCAAGAAUCAUGGCAACUGGUAAAUUGCAAAACCUUCAAGACCCUUUCUAGGCAGAAGUGAUGGCUACCACUAAUGCUUUGAAGAUCGCUCCUGAACUUGGCAUGGGCCGAAUUAUGCUGGAGACAGACUGUCAAAACCUGAGAAUUCUUUGCUAGAAGAGGAGACGGAAGCUAGAAUGUUGCCAAUUUUUGCAGAAUUAUGCUGAACAUGAAUGCCCGUAGUAGUCAGGGAAGCUAGAAUGUUGUUUUAUCUUAACUUUGAUGUAUAUCAUGUAAUGUAUUGUCCAAGAGACUGUAACCGUAUUGCAUCAACUAGCUCAGUUUGGAGUU